CAGGCGAAUGAAAAUUAUUUUUGUUACAUUUCUACGGGAAAUUGCAAAAAGUGUGGAAAAAAGCCAACCGCGGAAAAGGAUGAUCGAAUUGAAAGCGAAAUAAUUAUGUGCAUUGCUUCUUAAACCGCAUUAGUUUAAUAUUUUCGGCGGCAAUAAAACUGCAAUUGCAGCCGCGGCCAUCAACAAAAAGACAAUCCCACAUAGAUUUGCGUGUGCGGGGUGCAAAACGUGUGCAUGUGCAUGGUGAAAAUAAAAUGCACAUUUGGUGCAUAUUUGGCGAAACAGCAACAAAUCGGUUCUUAAACUUAAACUAAUAUGCAAAGUAAUAAAAAGGCGAAAAAGGUGGUGGUGCAAAAGUAGCAUAAAACAAGAAGCAAGUGCUUGGCGCUUUGCGACGCUGCCAGCGCUGACGACAUGCGAGCGUAGAGUUGCCAGCUCCAAAUCGGAAAGGUUGCUGCUGUAGCAUUUGCGACGCUUCUAGUCGCGCAUAUUUCUCAAUAUAUUUUAAAAAAUCCGCCGAUUUUACAAUUUUAAUGCGGUAAUGAAUGUGUGCAGAUGAAAUUUAAAGCCAAUGCAAACUAUUUAACAUGGAAUGGAAUGCUCACAUGUUCCUGCCGUGUAGGUUAAUGACUUUCUGGUGUAACCAAACCAACUUCCUUAAAUCCAAGUACGCGCACUAAUCACGCGUUAAAACGUCAACAGAUUGAGUUAGAUUAGCUCAGUACCAAGGAACAGGAGUGUGCUGUACGCGUGCCAUCAUCAGCAACAAACAAUACAUAAGACAUAAAAGGUAGACUUGGCCUACUAGUUGUAUAGUUCCAUCGACGGCAAGCGAGCCAAAAUAGUUUUAUACACGCGUCGUGAUCCACUGCAGAGGCAGGAUCGACGACGCCUUUAGAUAGAAUUUUCCCCCCAAGUAGUUAAAGAAAAGCUGCCACCAUUCGGAAGAAAAACACCUCAAAUAUGACCCAUAAUCUCGGUAUGGCGCCAUAUCGUUUGCCGGGUCCAGCAGGCGGACUAUGUCCUCCUGACUUUAAGCCGCCUCCGACGGAUAUCAUCUCGGCGCCGAGCAAUCCGAAGAAGCGACGGAAAACUUCGAAUGCAGCCAAUUCAGCUGCUGCUGCUGCAGCGGCGGCAGCAGCUGCGGCCGCCGCUGCGAACUCUAUGCAACAGCAACAAACGGCUCCACCAACGCCGCAAGAUCUGCUGCCACCACCGCCGAUGGGUGGUUUCGGUGAUACAAUCGUGGCAUCGAAUCCGUUUGACGACAGUCCACAGGUGUCAGCCAUGUCUAGCUCAGCAGCUGCAGCUAUGGCCGCUAUGAAUCAAAUGGGCGGUGCAGGCGGACCUGGAAGCGGUGGACACUUUGGCGGCGGACAUCCGCUAUGGGAAGAUCGUAUGGGCAUGAGUGGUGGCCCCCCACAUAUGCAUCCGCAUAUGCAUCCUCAUCACCCCGGUGGCCCAAUGCCGCAUCCGCACGGGCCUCAUCACAUGGGCGGACCUCCGCCAAUGCGCGGUAUGAGUCCACUGGGACCCGGCGUACAUCCGCACUCGAUGGGACCGGGUGUCGGGCUACCGCCUCAUAUGAAUCACGGUCGACCUGGCGGUGUUCCCAUGGGUAGCCCAAUGGGUGCUAUGACAGCGAUGGGUGGCAUGAGUCCAAUGGGCAAUAUGGGCGGCCCCAGCAUAUCACCUCAUCAUAUGGGUAUGGGUGGGCUCUCUCCAAUGGGAGGACCGAAUGGCCCCAACGCUCAACGCGCAAUGCAAGGAUCACCGAUGGGUGGUGGUGGUGGGCCCGGCCAGAAUUCGCCAAUGAACUCUCUGCCAAUGGGCUCACCAAUGGGCAACGCCAUUGGCAGCCCACUUGGACCGCCGCCAACCGGACCCGGACCACAGCAACCUCCGAACCCGCAGCAGACGCACAUGAACAAUGGCCAAAUGGGACCACCGCCUUUGCAUAGUCCACUUGGAAACGGUCCCACGAAUCACGGUCACUUGCCCGGCGGUCCUGGACCCGGGCCUGGCCCUGGCCCUGGACCUGGACUAGUAGGGCCCGGUGGUAUCUCACCUGCUGGUAUGCCACCGAACAAUAGUGGCGGUCCAGGUAACAUGAUUGGCAGCAAUACUCCCAACAGCGGCAACAACAACAGUGGAAAUCCCAACAACAACAAUAACAACAAUGGUAGCAACAAUCAAAAUCCUCAUUUAUCGCCGGCAGGAGGUCGUUUGGGCGUUCCGACUUCGUUGCAAUCCAAUGGCCCAAUGCCGCCCGCAUCUUCAGCAGUGUCGUCGGCUUCCUCAGCGGUCACCGCAUCAACGGCGCCGCCCACCUCCACGGCAACUGCGACUUCGAUAGCAACGUCAGUACCCACAUCCUCCCCAGCGCCGCCCGCCAUGUCACCGCACCACACGUUAAGCAACGCAGGACCAAGUCCGGGCAUGCCCAAUACGGGGCCCAGCCCGCUGCAGUCGCCAGCGCUUGGAGGGCCCAAUGGAAAUAACAAUAACAAUGGACCCAUGAUGGGUCCUAUGGGCCAGCAAAUGAAUCCGAAUGUUCCUAUGCAGCAGCAGCAGCAGCAACAACAACCACAGCAUCAUGGACCGAUGGGAGCGCAUAUGACCAGCCCCGGGCCCCAAGGCCAUGGUUCUGGACCAGUGGGCAUGGGCGUAGGCCUAAACCAAAUGUUACCGCCUCAGCAACCGCCGCAUCUUGGACCACCUCACCCGCAGCUUAUGAAUCAUCCGCAUCAUCAUCCGGGUGGACCGCCACCUCCACACAUGAUGGGUCCUGCAGGACCUGGAAUGCACGGACCAGGAAACAUGCCUCCACACAUGGGCGGUCACGUUCCUCCAGGUGGUGGACCAAAUCCGCACAUGGGACCACAUGGCAACGCUGGUCCCCACAUGGGCCAUGGGCAUAUGGGUGGCGUUCCGGGUCCAGGUCCUGGACCGGGCGGCAUGAAUGGGCCACCACAUCCACACGGCAUGCCCCCACAUCACGGACAUCCCCAUCAUCACAGUCCAAUGGGAGGGCCUGGUCCAAAUAUGUUUGGCGGUGGGCCAAUGGGGCCGGGGCCAAUGAAUAACAUGAACAUGGGUCCAAUGGGCGUUGGCGGCCCUAAGCCAUUGACAAUGAGUGCUGGCAAAAUCUAUCCGCCUGGCCAACCCAUGGUCUUCAAUCCGCAAAAUCCCAAUGCACCACCUAUUUAUCCCUGUGGCAUGUGCCACAAGGAAAUCAACGAGAACGAUGAGGCGGUCUUCUGUGAAUCUGGUUGUAAUUUCUUCUUUCACAGAACCUGUGUGGGUCUAACGGAAGCCGCAUACCAAUUGCUCAUCAAGGAGGUGUUUGCAGAGUGGUGCUGUGACAAAUGUGUGUCGUCCAAGCACAUACCCAUGGUUAAGUUUAAAUGUUGAAGUGAUGUGAUGCCCUAGCCUAUUACAGGGACACCUUCAAUGUAUGGAUCCACUUCUACCUAACAUAAAGUCCACCAGCACCACCAACUACCUACCUGCCAGCGGGCACUCACUGUAAAAAAUCCCAGGCAUUAAUUAUCUUAAUUGUAGAAUUUAAGCAGUUUAAAGCUUACAUUGCACACAUAAUCGCGAUCACAUCCCUCAACCCACGUCCACAAUUCCACAUACCCCACCCGAGUCAACGCACAAUGCUGUGCUGCCUAUAUUGUAAACGAUCAACUAGCCGAGCAACCAGAUCAUUGUGUUGUGAAUUUUCGCUCCGGACAGUCUCACUCUCCGCUAAUCCUUGAAAGUGAAAAA